AUGAAUCAGCUGCGGGCGGAGACAUGGCCAACAUCGCGGUGCAAAAAUCAAAUUAAAGUAGAUCUUGUAGAUGAGAACUUUACAGAAUUAAGAGGAGAAAUAGGACCUCCAGACACACCAUAUGAAGGAGGAAGAUAUCAACUAGAGAUUAAAAUACCAGCAACAUAUCCAUUUAAUCCCCCUAAGGGCCGGUUUAUCACUAAAAUAUGGCAUCCUUAUAUUAGUUCCGUCACAGGGGCUAUUUGUUUGGAUAUCCUGAAAGAUCAAUGGGCAGCAGCAAUGACUCUCCGCACGGUAUUAUUGUCAUUGCAAGCACUACUGGCAGCUGCAGAGCCAGAUGAUCCACAAGAUGCAGUAGUAGCAAAUCAGUACAAACAAAAUCCCGAAAUGUUCAAACAGACAGCUCGACUUCGGGCACAUGUGUAUGCUGGAGCACCAGUUUCUAGUCCAGAAUACACCAAAAAAAUAGAAAACCUGUGUGCUAUGGGCUUUGAUAGGAAUGCAGUAAUAGUGGCCUUGUCUUCAAAAUCUUGGGAUGUAGAGACUGCAACAGAAUUGCUUCUGAGACAUAGAGCUGCUGGUAUAGUCAAGCUUGCUCCUGCUUGA